AUGGUCGCACCUGAGGAGCUUUGGAACGUUCCCUCGCUACAUAAGGAACUACGUUCCUACGCCCAAUACGUCAAAUCAAAUUGGAAUGAUCACCCUCUUCAAAUAAUAAACCACCUCCAACACCAUCACAAAAUGCGCAUAUCAGAUUUACAUCUACACUUGUCCGAGUUCCCCUCACUGGCAAGCCUUGAUGCCGCAGACGUAUUCCAAUUCGUUACGGUCGCUAGCCACUUCAUUUCAAUCAAUCAAGGAUCUAUACCAAUUGACGAGGACAAUGCCCCGUACGAAUAUCUCAAUGCUGCCCUCCGACCCCCAGAAGUACCCGGCACAUGGGAGGUACUAUGGACGGUCUUGUACCCUACUCUAUUCACAUCGCACGCGGAUCCUCCAAAGCAAGUACGAGACAAAGGCCUCAUUCAAGCAGCCGGCGCGCCGACCAUUGCCGAAAGAAUAUUCUUGCCACCUUACCAAGAUGAAUGUCCCACCGCAGAGUGCCGUGUCACUGGACGCCGAUUGGAAAAGCGCCCCCCUUUAUGCGGGUACCUCUACGACCUAGACGGAGUCAAGUCAAUUCGGCACCAUACUACAUAUUGCCGCCACUGCAAGACCAGCUUCAGGGCUUUGUACUUUUCCAACAAGGACGAACGAACUUACUACUUGAACACCGUCAGAAGAGAUCCAGACUGCAUACAAGUCAACAUGCACUAUUUUAUGACUCUCUGGCUGCUUGAGUUUUUCAACCACUCCCAAUCCCUAGCUCACGUUGGAUCUGCAGCGGCUACUCCGCCACUUCAACCUCCGCGACCGGCAUAUGACCCUAAACAGGCCAUUUUAACAUGGAUGGAACUCAAAGGCAGCCCGAACCUCGAUUACAUGUGCUCUGAAUGCACCGAGAUCCUUGAAGAUCCCAACGUACCCGGCGGCGGCUUGGUCCACAGCCCAAUCCUUGGCAAACUAUGCCAUGCACAACCUUGCACGCGCGACGCAAUAGGCACCACCAAGGCAUGCGACAUACCAGAGCACCAAGAAGCAAUAGCGAUUCGACACGAGAAGACACACCGGUCUCGAGCUGCUCUGGCUUUCAACCAGCGAACUGGUGCAAAAUUGCCCGAGGACCCAACUGCCGCCCUCAACGCUGACACAGACGCCUUCAACUUAGAUGCGUUGAUUGAGACAGACGAGUCAGAUCAAACGCACGAAGCAGGUCGCGACGGAGAAGAUACAGAGACCAUGUAUCGUGCAGAGUCUGUCAUAUUGGUUCGGGAAAUACUGGAAAGAAAAUUCCCCGUUCUACCGCCAAUACAAUUCUUGGAUAAUUCAUGCACGUUUGAUAAAUCACUCAGGAAGGACCCCGAGGCGUCGGAACGGCUGAAGGGCACAAUCCGGCCGGUCGAUCCAUUCCACAUGCGCACUCACUCCGAGAAAGAUGCUCAGUGCCGUAAGUUAAAUGACCCGAAGCGGUGGUCCUUCCUUAAGAAACCUGAUGGCAAUUGGAGGUUUAAUGGGUCUGCAGCCGAGAUUACUAACGCAUGGUAUGGCGGUUUUCUCUCAAUUUGCCGUGGAAUGCACGAGAUCAACUACAGGUUCUUUCUGGAGGAGAUGAUCCGUGUGCGAAAUGAUUCGCUCCUCUCGAAGCUUGUAAAGAAAACUACAUUUUGCUGUAAUAUUCCCUCGCAUCUUGCCCAACAAAGUCCUUUCCCACUUUCACUUUGA